UCAAGAAAAACCAACACUAAAACAACCUAAAAAGAAAAACCAGAGGCUAAAACAACUAAAAAUCAAACAUCCUCAAUGGCUACGAACACAAUCAACCUCUCUCCAAUUCAUAGUACCUCCUCUCUUCGCUUACUCUCUUCUCGCUCUUCCCAAAAUGCCCCUUCCCUUUCAUUCUAUUCACACCCUAAACCCUCCCUCACUUUCACUUCUAUUUCUCUCAACAAAUCCAAAAACCCAACUAAACCUCGCGCUUUCACAACAACAAUCACUUCAGCUCACAAGAACUUAACGGAAACGGAACUAAUCGCCGUGCCGCCGUUACCUAACGAAGUAAACGAAAGAUUUCCGUCUGAUGCUGGCGUUUACGCCGUUUAUGAUAACAACGAGGAGCUUCAGUUCAUUGGUAUAUCACGGGAUAUAGCGGCCAGCGUUACCGUUCACCUAAAAUCAGUGCCGGAGCUCUGCUCCUCCGUUAAGGUUGGGGUAGUAGAUGAACCUGAUAGAGCAGCUCUUACCCAAGCUUGGAAAUCAUGGAUGGAGGAACACAUAAAAGCCUCUGGAAAGAUCCCACCAGGUAAUGAAACAGGAAACAUUACCUGGGUCCGGCAGCCACCAAAGAAGAAGCCUGAUCUUCGGCUGACACCUGGCCGUCAUGUCCAACUGACAGUCCCACUGGAGGAACUCAUUGACAAGUUGGUCAAGGAGAACAAGGUGGUGGCAUUUAUCAAAGGUUCAAGAAGUGCACCAAUGUGUGGAUUCUCACAAAGGGUAGUUGGCAUCCUUGAAGGCGAGGGGGUGGAUUAUGAAAGCAUUGAUGUGCUCGAUGAAGAGUAUAAUUAUGGAUUGAGGGAGACACUGAAGAAGUAUAGUAACUGGCCUACAUUCCCACAGAUCUUUGUCAAUGGUGAAUUGGUUGGGGGUUGCGACAUUCUGACGUCCAUGUAUGAAAAGGGUGAACUUGCUCCUUUGGUCAAGAAGUAAUCGUUCAAGUUUCUCAGCAAUUUGUCUUUUUGUCGAAUGGGAUGGUGUAGGAGAACAGAACAGGGAUAAGAAAAUGGAGCAUGAAUAUGGCAAUUGAGGUCCAUCUAUGGUUCAAUUGUACUGAACAGUUUGUAAGCUUAUCAAUUUGACCAAAUAUAAUUGGAAUUUGGUCAGGUAAAGUUGAAUAAGUAUGAAAUAGAAAAUGUUUUGUGCAUGAUCA